UCUGCAGAAAUCUGCCGUGUGAUAGGGCGGAGGAGCUGCCUGCCUGCAAGCAUAAAAACGCUGUUCAUUCACAGGUUCGGUGGUUAUUUUUAGGGGGAGGAGGUGACAGGCAGCAGACGCCUUCGCAAAUAUCCCCACAUCGCUUCGCUCCACCUUGAAUUAACGCAGGAUGUCGUCGCAAAGCCGUGCGUAAAGAGCUGCGCGCGGCGCCGCGGAAAAGAGACGUUUUACAGGCAAUUUCCUCCUCAUUUCUGCAGAAGAGAAAAUCCACUCCGCUCAUUGCAAACGACGCAGCCGGUGUUCCUGAUUCCCCCCAACGAACAGACCUGCGGUGGGUCGGGACAGGACGCGUUGUUGUUGUUGCUGUUUGGAGGAUACAUUUGGAGGGUUUAUUUUUUUGGGGAGCCCGGACAGGUGCAGAGCAGAGAGAGAGAGAGAGAGAGAGCAUCAGAUCCGCCCAGCAGAGAUGGCAAAGGCAGACCAGCGUUUCGGCCAGCGGGAUGGCUCCGACCAGAACUUUGACUACAUGUUCAAGCUGCUGAUCAUCGGCAACAGCAGCGUCGGGAAGACGUCCUUCCUGUUCCGCUACGCCGACGACUCCUUCAGCAACUCUUUCGUCAGCACCGUGGGCAUCGACUUCAAGGUGAAGACGGUGUAUCGCAACGACAAGAGGAUCAAGCUGCAGAUCUGGGACACAGCAGGGCAGGAGCGUUACCGCACCAUCACCACAGCCUACUACCGCGGCGCCAUGGGCUUCAUCCUCAUGUAUGACAUCACCAAUGAGGAGUCCUUCAACGCUGUCCAGGACUGGGCCACUCAGAUUAAGACGUACUCAUGGGACAACGCCCAGGUGAUCAUGGUGGGCAACAAGUGCGACAUGGACGAGGAGAGAGUCGUACCUCCAGAGAAAGGAAAACACCUCGCCGAACAGUUAGGCUUUGAGUACUACGAGGCGAGCGCCAAGGAGAACAUCAACGUGCGGCAGGUCUUCGAGCGCCUGGUGGACAUCAUCUGUGUGAAGAUGUCGGAGCGCGUGGACGUGGAGGCGCCGGCGGCUCCCGGCAUCAAGACCACCAGACUGACCGACAAGCCCGCCCAGCUACCUCAGAAGUGCUGCUGAUCGCCCGUCGCCGUUCACCCCUCUGCUGUCGCCUCGUCCGCUCCCCCAAGCGCUCGAGAAAAAGAAAAAAACAGAUUAACUAUUGUAACAUCCCUCAACACACUCUCUCUGCUUCAGUCCAUGUUUGUGAGCAGUCAAUAAUGCGAUUUCUGCUAACUAACAUUUAUAUAUCCAGUUUCAUCCCCUUCCCAUCCCCAAGUAUCCGAGGUCGGCCCUUACGUUGGCGGAGCAGUAAGGGUGGCAGUGUACUCCUGACAAAAUUUUAUUUGGCGUGUUUGAAGAGGUGCUAGAGCCGCUGUUGAUUAUAUCGCUGUGAGGAAAGCUUGCAUGCUAACUGCGACCGGUUUGACAUUCAAGCUGGACACAGGAGGUUAGAACGGCCUUUAGAGCUGGAAUUAUUAUUAUUAUUAUUAUGCUUCUGCAAAGAUACGUGUGAAUGUCUCUAAGCAGAUAAUGGUAACCGUGCUGUUGUGCCGCCCUGCACAUCAAACAAGCUAAUGAACUGAUCCUGUUGGGAAGAGGGUUCAAAACAGACAAAUUAACACAUGUCCCCGAAAACUUAAGUGCAACUCACAUCAGCGGGGCCAUGAAGCGUCAUUUGACAUGCAUCGAUUGACGUAAGGACAGCAGGUGCAAUAGCCGGGAUGAGUUUUUUAGCUUUUUUAUUUGCACAAAUAACAGGACACAAAAACAUAAUGCACUGAAGGAGUAAACAAGACUGUGCUGGUGAGCUUUAAAAACAGACAUCUCACCAAAAAUAGAAGAAAAACCCAAUAACAUAUAAAUGUAUCAAUGAAGAAAACAACAACACAUUAGCACAACAUACAGAAGAAGAUCCAGGGUGCAAAUGUAAUGAAAUGACUUUCCAAAGAGCUGAAGAGCACUGACGCUUGAAAAUAGGACGAAUACUGACGACCCGCAUCAAGAUGGCGCUGUUGCGUGCGCGUGACAGACAACGAUUGGUGUGUGUUUCGAGGCACGCCGUACGCCACUGGUGUGUUGCCUUAUGCUGCAGAUUGAGAAGCACGUUCCAAACUUAAACCUAAAGGAUACAGUAUAAAAAUAGGCCUCUAAUUAUAUGACAAAAACAGUAAUCGUGUUUGUGUAAAAGACGUUUGAGACGUACAUGUGGCUAGCUCGCGCACCUUGCCCCAAUCGUAGCUGAAUGGCGCGCUUCAUCUCGGUUGCACAACCAUAGAAAGACGCCAAAUGGGAUUUUGUUCGGAGUGUGCUGCUGAAAGGAGCUGGAAGCGGGGUCCACAGGUCAGCACAGCACUGCCUCGCCUCUCCGAGUGUAGCACAACGAGAAACGCCACAGCUGCUCACGUUCAAGUUUACAGGUCGCAGUCGUUCACCGAGUCAUCCGCCGAAACAUCAGAUAGGCUGCUUUUCAAAUAGCUAGUAAUAGUGAGUCCACAAUUAUGCCUAUAGCCCACUAACUGUUACCAGCCUUACUUUGUGCUGUUUUUGGCUUGAAAGACGCUUUAGGGCUACUCCACCAAUGCACAACUCCCAGGCAGGGCUGCAGCCGAAAUCAUCUGAAUCAAAGAGUUGACGGGAGCGGGUCGAGUCCAAGACCGACACAUGUCCAAAAACCUGUCUGACAUUAAAGUGUAAUGCUUCUCUGCAGUGUUUUUAACAGCAUAAAGCUAAACGGAGAGUGCCUCGUGAUGUUUAACAGGGUUAUUGUAGAUCAUCAGUGUUGGUAUUGCGUAGAAUUAUGAGACAAAUCAGUGUACAGUAUGUAGUGGGACAAUAAUAACAGCACUCGUGUUGCACUUUCCUUAACAAACUUUAAUACAGCGCUUGAACUGAUGUUAACACCAGAGUCCCAAGCAGGAUUAGACACAACCAGUCCCAGCUGUGAAAAUUAUAAUAUCAGUUUUAAUGCAAAUGAACAGCACAGAAAUCUACAGAAGCACAUUGUAUUUACCAAAGAAAGAAAUGGGCUUUUUUUUUGUAAUAAUAAUAAAAUAAAACUUUAUUUAUAGAGCACUUAUCUUCACAACAAGAGAAAUAAAACACCACAGUGAAAGAUGAAAUGUAAAGAAAUAAAAUACACAAAAGUAAUAAA